AUGGCUGAUAGAGAAGCAAGACUGAGAGAAAAGUUCCUUAACAGAGAAUCUGCCAAACAGAUUGAAGAAGAGGAAAAAUCGAAACCAGAAAUUUUUCAAGUGAAACCAUCUACAGAUAAGCCAAAGGUAGAUAUUCAGAAAAUAUGCAAGCUUCAAGAAAUUAAGGAGGGUUUUAGUAAAUUCAUGGAUAAAGUUCACACUGUGAUGUUUCUACUUGCAGGAAUCUUCUUAGCAGCAAAUAUAAAGAGAAAUAUCGUACCUCAGUUUACCUCAUUUACGAUGCUAUUUGCUCUCUUGGAGAUAUGUCUUCAACUGUAUAAAUCAAUUGUGCACAAAUUUCAAUUUCAAGAUCUACAAGUUAGUUUUUAA